GGAGCGCUUAUAAUGGAGCCGCUGUCAGCAGAACCUUCUGCUGCCGCCACCGCCGCCGCCGCCACCGUCCCUCCUCUUUUUUUUCCCGGCAGAUCUUUGUUGUGUGGGAGGGCAGCAGGGAUGGACUUGAGCUUGCGGAUCUCCUGCUAGAGCCGCCGCGCUCGGAGAGGACGCCGCCGCCGCCGCUGCCUCGAGGCCCCGCCGGAGCCGGCCUGCGUCCGCCCGCGCCCCUGCCCGCUCGGCCCGCUCGGCCCGCGCCUCCCUGCAGAGUCCCCUCGCGGCGGCAGAUGUGUGUGGGGUCAGCCCACGGUGGGGACUAUGGUGAAAUUCCCGGCGCUCACGCACUACUGGCCCCUGAUCCGGUUCCUGGUGCCCCUGGGCAUCACCAACAUAGCCAUCGACUUCGGGGAGCAGGCCUUGAACCGGGGCAUCGCGGCUGUCAAGGAGGAUGCAGUGGAGAUGCUGGCCAGCUACGGGCUGGCCUACUCCCUCAUGAAGUUCUUCACGGGUCCCAUGAGUGACUUUAAAAACGUGGGCCUGGUGUUUGUGAACAGCAAGCGGGACAGAACCAAAGCCGUGCUGUGCAUGGUGGUGGCCGGAGCCAUCGCCGCCGUCUUUCACACCCUGAUAGCCUACAGCGACCUGGGCUACUACAUCAUCAAUAAGCUGCACCACGUGGACGAGUCCGUGGGGAGCAAAACGAGAAGGGCCUUCCUGUAUCUCGCCGCCUUCCCUUUCAUGGACGCGAUGGCAUGGACCCAUGCUGGCAUUCUCUUAAAACACAAGUACAGCUUCCUGGUGGGAUGUGCCUCAAUCUCAGAUGUCAUAGCUCAGGUCGUUUUCGUAGCCAUCUUGCUUCACAGCCACCUGGAGUGCAGAGAACCCCUGCUCAUCCCGAUCCUCUCCUUGUACAUGGGCGCCCUGGUGCGCUGCGCCACCCUGUGCCUGGGCUACUACAGGAACAUCCACGACAUCAUCCCCGACCGGAGCGGGCCGGAGCUGGGGGGAGAUGCCACAAUAAGGAAGAUGCUGAGCUUCUGGUGGCCGUUGGCUCUCAUCUUGGCCACACAGAGAAUCAGCAGGCCCAUUGUCAACCUCUUCGUUUCCCGGGACCUCGGUGGCAGUUCUGCAGCUACGGAGGCGGUAGCAAUUUUGACAGCCACGUACCCCGUGGGUCACAUGCCAUAUGGCUGGUUGACGGAAAUCCGCGCUGUCUACCCUGCUUUUGACAAGAAUAACCCCAGCAAUAAGCUGGUGAGCACAAGCAACACGGUCACGGCGGCCCACAUCAAGAAGUUCACGUUCGUGUGCAUGGCCUUGUCGCUAACGCUCUGCUUUGUGAUGUUCUGGACCCCCAACGUCUCCGAGAAAAUCCUGAUAGACAUCAUUGGUGUGGACUUCGCCUUCGCAGAACUCUGCGUCGUUCCUCUGCGAAUCUUCUCCUUCUUCCCGAUUCCAGUCACCGUGAGGGCCCAUUUCACCGGGUGGCUGAUGACACUGAAGAAGACCUUCGUUCUAGCCCCCAGCUCCGUGCUGCGGAUUAUUGUCCUCAUCACCAGCCUCGUGGUCCUGCCCUACCUGGGGGUACACGGAGCCACCCUGGGCGUGGGCUCCCUCCUUGCAGGGUUUGUGGGAGAAUCCACCAUGGUCGCCAUUGCCGCAUGCUACGUCUAUCGGAAACAGAGAAGGGACGAGAUUAACCAGGGAGUGAAUGGAGGUGGAGAAGAGAAGGGGUCCAGGGGUAUACCUCUGGGGGACACCACUGUGGGCCCCCCCAGCCAUGGCAGCCAGGUGGUGACAGCUGAGAUUGGCGGAGAUUUGGACCUAACGAAGAAAAAGAAGACGGAGAACGAGUCGGCCGUGGACGGGGAGGACUCGGCCAUGACGGACAUACCUCCGGCGGAGGAGGGGACAGACGUCGUGGAAAUGAGAGAGGAGAAUGAAUAAGGCCCGGAACGCGCGCUGCGGGGACAGUCGAGAUGACACUCAGCCUCAUCUCCUCUCCCACUGAGUUCCGUUCCCUUUUGGUUUUGGUUUCGGUUUCGGUUUCGGUAACGCAAGAGGCCUUGAUUUAAAGGUUUCCCGCACACUCUCCGGCAUACUGGGUAUGCUCACACGCAGGCGGGGACCUGGGCAAUGGUCUUCGCCAUCGCUUUGUAAAAACCAACGAAACAGUUGACUUCAUCCCCCUGCUUCAUGAAAACCCGAAAGACGUAGCUGCCUCUAGUCCGAGUGGACGCCCCCUCCCUCGGACAGUCUCCACUCGGAACCAAAGGACCGUGGCUCUGCCCUCCGACGCCCCACAGCCACCGCUGCCCGGCAGGCCCCGCACUGCCCCCUGUCCCUUGCAUCUCUCUUAAGAAUCAGCAGGUUACAGCCAGGUGGCAUUCCGCUGUGGAGUCAUCAACUGCCCACUGCGCAUGUGCAGAGGAUCCGCCGGAGCCCCCCUUCCCACGGAAGAGCGGACGCGUGGACGCUCUGGGCAGGUGGAUGGGAAUGACCUCCUGUGGGAAAGUCUGAGAUGCCACAGGAGCAGCCGGCUGACAGCGUCCCACGCACGCGUCCCAGGCACGCAUCUCACCCAGCCUCCACCUGGGCGGGAGCGAGCUCCCACACCGUGCCCGCCGUGUACUUACCCAGCUAACCUGAGCGUCAUCGUCGCAGAAGCGCUUCUCCAAAUUUCAGCACCCUUCCGCAUGGCUUCCCCCGAAGGCUUGUUCUUCACUCGCCCUCCUGAAGAGGGCGCUAGAGCAAGGGAAACGGAGCAUUCUAACUCUGCGUGUUAGUUUUUACAGUGAACUGAAGCUUUAAGUCAUAAUCUCAUUCUAAUGCCAGGUUGCCGUAUUGUAACUUUUGAAGUAGAUGUAUUACCUGGUUCAGCCAUUCUUAGUCAUAACCGUGCGGUACAGGUAAUUCCAGUGUACUCCCCUCUCACCACAGGAUAAAGGAAGACAUUUUAUAAACAAUAUCAAAGUCACUAUGUGAUACUCCCUGAGAUGACACAUUUGAAAUCCAUUUAGUGCAGUCUAUUUUUCUAAGUUUUGGAAAGCGGGUUUUUUCUUUAAAAAAAAAAAUACGGACACAGUUCAGUAAAUUCUUGAUUUCGACAAAAUUCCUAGACUGAAAGAACCUAGACACAAAAAAAUAUUUUAAAGAUAUAAAUAGAUACUGUAUAUGUUAUGUAAUUUAUUUUAGGCUAUAAUACAUUUCCUAUUUUCGCAUUUUCAAUAAAAUGUCUCUAAUACAA